CCCACUUUCGAGGACCGGAAGAUGCGGUAUUCCAGAAUCGUCGGGGGGCUGGAGGCUGAGGUGGGUGAGUUUCCGUGGCAGGUGAGUAUCCAGGCAGCAAAUCAACAUUUCUGUGGCGGCACCAUCCUCAACUCGUGGUGGAUCCUCACAGCUGCUCACUGCGUAAUCGGCGAGUUACCGUAAGUACCCAGGGCCAGCCCCGGGCAGCCGCACGCGUGGCCAGACCUGAUGGUGAAGGGGUCCUGGCACCGUUGUAUCCUGAUGCAGACAUGAAUGUCCGCCCUCCAGCCUGUGGGCACUGCACAGUGGACCCCAAGCUGUGCCAGGGCCCGUGGCUCUGUGCAGCAAAGUCACACGCUGUCCUUUCCAGGAACACCUGUGGCCUGUGGAGGUGGAGCGCUCAGUCCAUCCACCUGUCCUAGGACAUCCAAGUGCUUCUUGGAAAUCCUGGACGUCUGGUCUCUGGCCACCUGAGUGCGUCCUUCCUGCUCCUUGUAGGGUGCUUUCUGCUCAGCUGACGGUUGACUGCUGGCAUUUCCUGAUCAUGAACCAUGCUCCAGGGACCCCAUUAAGAUUUUACCUGUGUUAAAUUACUUACCUGUACAAUGACCCUCUGAGGCAGGCAGAAUAAAUUACUCUAUUUUAUAGAUAAGGAAACUGAGGUCCAAUAAAGCUAUGUGACCCCGCCAGGGACCACAGCUCACAGUGGAAGGCAGUCCUGAAUGCUCCGGCACUUGGGCACCCUGCUUCACCACCUCAAGAGCUUUGGAAGCACAGAGGAACUGAGUGUCGUGCUGGGGACCAACGACUUGACCAGCCCACGUCUGGAAAUAAAGCCGGUCAGCAGCAUAGUUUAUCACAAUAAAUUUAAGAGACAAAGCAUGGACAACGACAUCGCCUUGCUGAUGGUGGCCUCGCCCAUCGAGUUCAAUAGCCUGAUAGUGCCCAUCUGCAUGCCCCCAGAGCCCAUGCCAUCCAAGUGGCACAAGUGCUGGGUGGCAGGGUGGGGCCAGACCACUUCAGCUGACAAAGGGUCUAUGAAAACCGAUCUGUUGAAAGUGCCGAUGGUCAUCAUAGAUUGGAAUGAAUGUGCAAAAACGUUUACAAAACUUACCAAAAAUAUGCUGUGCGCAGGAUUCAUGAACGAGAGCUACGAUGCUUGCCAGGGCGACAGUGGGGGGCCCCUGGUCUGCACGACAGAAGGAAGCAAGAAGUGGUCCCAGGUGGGCAUCAUCAGCUGGGGCAGGAGCUGUGGGCAGAAGAACACCCCAGGAAUAUACACCUCGCUGGCCAACUACCAGCUCUGGAUCAAGAACGUCACCCAGGUGGAGGGGAGGCCCUUUGACACCGAGAAAAGGAGGUCCACCCUGAAACACAAGUCCAGGGACUCCAGGUCCUCGGGGUGCUCAGAGCUGGGCAGCCCCAGGUGCUGGCUCCUGCGGGGGCUUCUGUCCUGCCUCUUGCUCAGGGCCGUUUUCAACGGGUAA